CUGCUCCAUCGACCCGCACACGCGCUUCUCCCGGACCUCGGCCACAGUCCCUGCCGCUGUCCGGUGCUUUUCGGCGGGUAUGCCACAGGAGGACCCUCGGUCUGCAUCAUGCUGCUCGGCUCUUUGGUAGUGGUUGUGAUCGGCCUGUGGGCAUCGAACGUCACCAGAGCGUACGUGUUUCAAGCGAGCCGGCCGGCAGAGGGAGGAGACAACCCACCGCCCCACACUAAAGUCAUCUCAGAGUGGGUCAGCUCCGCGGGCUCCUGUAAGGGGAGGUGCUUCGAGCUGGAGGAGGCCAAGCCUCCGGGAUGCAGAUGUGACAAUCUGUGUAAGACCUACUACAGCUGCUGCUCGGACUUCGACGAGCACUGUCUGAAAACAGCGGGGGGGUUCGAGUGUUCCCAGGAUCGCUGUGAGGAGCAGAGGAACGACGACCAUGCCUGCCACUGCUCGGAGGACUGUCUGGAGAGAGGAGACUGCUGCUCCAACUACAGGUCCCUCUGCAAAGGUGAGACCUCCUGGGUGCAGGGGGACUGUGAGGAGAUCCGGAGGGCAGAGUGUCCUGCAGGCUUCAUCCGCCCCCCCCUCAUCAUGCUGUCGGUGGACGGAUUCAGAGCCUCGUAUCUGAAGAAAGGGAAAUCUGUCAUUCCAAACAUACAAAAGCUCAGAUCGUGUGGGACGUCCGCCCCGUACAUGCGACCAGUCUACCCAUCAAAGACCUUCCCAAAUCUAUACACCCUGGCCACAGGUCUUUACCCGGAGUCCCACGGCAUUGUGGGUAACACCAUGCACGACCGAGUGUUUAACGCCACCUUCAGCCUGCGCACCCGAGAGAAGCUGAACCAUCGCUGGUGGGGGGGGCAGCCGAUCUGGAUCACAGCUCAGGAGCAGGGGGUGAAAGCCGGGACUUUCUUCUGGCCUUGGGUGAUUCCUCUGGAGAGAAGGAUCCUGACCAUCCUGCGCUGGCUGCUCCUCCCCGACGAUGAGAGGCCCUACGUCUACGCCGUGCACUCGGAGCAGCCCGACACCUACGGACACCGGCUGGGCCCGCUCAGCACCGAGCUGGAUAACCCUCUGAGGGAGCUGGACAACAUCAUCGGCCAGCUGAUGAACGGUCUGAAGCAGAUGAACCUUCAUCGCUGCGUCAACGUCAUCGUCGUCGGGGACCACGGUAUGGAGGAGGCUCACUGUGACCAGACGGAGUUCCUCAGCAGCUACCCUCUCAACAUCGAGGAGAUCAUGCUGAUCCCCGGCUCUCUGGGCAGGAUACGACCCCGCGACCCCAAGUCCAGCACAUACGACCCCAAGGUAGUUGUAGCUAACCUCACAUGCAAAAUGCCGACUCAGCACUUCAAGCCGUACCUGAAGCAGCAUUUACCCAAGAGGCUUCACUACGCCAACAACCGGCGGAUCGAGGACGUCCACCUGCUGAUGGAGCGGAAGUGGCACAUCGCAAAGAUAAUGCCGGGGAAGCUGAGGUCUCGUUGCGGUUUCUUUGGUGACCACGGCUUCGACAACAAGAUCACCAGCAUGAGGACGAUCUUCAUGGGCCACGGGCCGAGCUUCAAGUUCCAGAAGACAGUUCCAGAGUUUGAUAACAUAGAGUUAUACAACGUCAUGUGUGACCUGCUGGGCCUGAAGCCGGCUCCGAACAACGGGACCCACGGCUCCCUGAACGACAUGUUGAAGGAGCCGCCGCACCGGCCCAGCAUGCCGCAGGAGGUGACGGAGCCGGAGCCGGCGUCCGACGGAGAGGUCACCGGGACGCACGACCUGGGCUGCAGCUGCGAUGAUGAGAACAAAGUGGAGGAGAUGAUGGAGGCGUUCAGUCCGGCACCAGAUGAACUCUACAGCUACAGUAGGUCCCCGGUCCCAGAGACAGGAAGUCCACCUUGUUUUACUUUGAAAAGUCACCCUGUGUGUGUGUGUGUGUGUGUGUGUGUUCAUGCAGACAACACACACUUGCCGUUUGGUCGUCCGGCCGUGAUGUUCGAUUCCCACUACAGUUUACUUCAUCAUGUGGAGUUCAUCAGUGGGUACAGCAAAGAGCUGGCCAUGCCUCUGUGGACGUCAUACACACUUCCACGACAGGAGGACUUGACUCCCGUCCCGGACGUGUCCCCCGGGGCUCAGUGUGUCCGGGUGGACUCCAGAGUGUCGGCUGAUCACAGUCAGAGCUGCACCAGCUACAGUCAGAACCAGCAGCUCACACACGGCUUCCUGUUCCCACCAGAGCUGGCGUCCUCCCCCGAGUCCCGAUACGACGCCUCGCUCAUCACCAACACGGUGCCCAUGUUCCCGGCCUUCAAGAGAAUGUGGAGCUACCUGCAGGGGGCGCUGCUGAGACGUUACUCGGAGGAGCUGAACGGCAUCAACGUGCUCGCUGGGCCCGUGUUCGACCUCGACCACGACGGCCUCCGAGACACCACGGACACGAUCAGAGAGUUGUCCCCCGGGCCCCCCCCUGUCCCCUCCCACUUCUUCACGGUGGUGACGAGCUGCGAGGGGCGGAACCAGACGCUGGACGAGUGUGACGGUGCGUUCAGGGUCUUCAGCUUCCUGCUGCCGCACCGACCCGACAACAGCGAGGCCUGCAACAGCGCAGAGGACGAGUCCACGUGGGUUGAGGACCUGCUGAAGCUCCACACGGCCCGAGUCCGAGACGUGGAGAUCCUGACGGGCCUGGACCUCUACCGAUCCACCAACCUCACCUACACCAGCACCCUGAGCCUCAAAACCCACCUGCACACCUUUGAGAGGGACGACUAGAUGCACACACAGACAGACACACAGACACACACACACAACAGGAUUUAGCCGUUUGUAGAAGUCCUGCGUUUCGCUCGCUGGACGGCCGGCGCGUCGUCCCUCCACUCCUGAGGAACCGACGGGGGGGCUUGGAAAAGGGGAGCACAUCUCAAAUUUGAAUUUGUUUGUUAAGUAGUAGCUUGAAGAUUAGAACAAGAUUAUUUAGAACCCUUCAGGAAAUCUGAUAAUGGAUCAGAUAGCACAGGAAUGAGGCAGGAUAGGGGAAUAUGCUCAUCAACUCAUAAAUACAGAUUACACAGUGAACUGCAUCCUCGGCCAGAAGGACCGGACCAGGGCUCCAUGACUGUAAAUGACUUCAUAUUCCAACUAGCAUCCAUUUAUGUAGAAAUUACAAAGUAAUUAAUGUUGUUUAUAACUUAGUAUACCUGUGAAACUGGUUUAGUAUUGUUGUGGAUCACAAUGUGUUUGUUGUGAUCUCAAACUAACCUUGAAAUUAGAUUCUCAUGUUGUAUGAAUAAGAACUGAAGCCUGAAAAACAUCACACAAUAAUAAACGUGAGUCUAGAA